GGAGGAGGGGUGCGAUGUGUGUACUAAGACACGGCUAGGCACUGUAGGAGAACGCCAGAUCCACCAGACUCGGCUGAAUAAUACAGCAUCUACAUCGUCUGUGAGGGGUGGGGUACGGCUUAGCUAGAAUCUCAGAGAGAGCGCGACAGAGGGAGGAAGAGAGAGAAGAGGAGGGAGAGACCACACCAGGAAAAGAAAACAUCAAGGGAUGAAAGGAGACACCCCAGUGAACAGCACCAUGAGCGUCGGACAGGCCAGGAAGCUGGUGGAGCAGCUGAAGAUCGAAGCCAGCAUGUGUCGGAUCAAGGUCUCCAAGGCAGCGGCGGACCUGAUGGCGUACUGUGACGCCCACGCCUGCGAGGACCCCCUGAUCACCCCCGUACCAACUUCAGAAAACCCCUUCAGGGAGAAGAAGUUCUUCUGUGCUCUCCUUUAGAGAGGGAGAGAGCAGGAGGGAGGGAGGUAGAGAGGCUACAGCAGAUACAGUCAGAUACACGCAUCUCGCAAACUCACACGAACAUGGCAGAGAUGACAACAUGAUCCGGUGGCAUUUCCAUGCGCAUCUUCCAUGUCCUCCAAACGUCAGGAAACAGUUUUCAAAUACAGUGUAUUUAUUAAAGGUAUCCAGGAAUGAUCGUAGUCUAACCUCCAUUGCAAAAAAGAAAAAAAUAAUAUAUAUAUAUAUCGACAUUUGUUACAAGUAAGCAGUUACAUCAGAUCUGUGAUACUAGCAAAUCUCUCCAUUUCCACACACACCCAAAGGAAGAAAAACUCUUGAUAAUUCUAGAUGAAUAAAAUAAAGUGCAUAAGGGAUCAAAAAUAGAAAUAAAUGAGAAAAACGAUUUUUUUUUAAAGUAACCGUGUAAGUUAUCAGAAAUAGUUCACAAUUAUUUACAACCAAUAUUUGUAUUAAUGCACAAAUGACUUUUGCUAAGUUUUUUAUUGCUGUUUUCUUUUUGUUACGGUAUGCCGGCAGUUCUGCAUGUUUGUGCUGUUUUGUUGUGUGGUUAAAAAAAAAAAAAAAACAUCGUGUAAAAUUCAAGGUUUUUUGGACUCGAAAUGGAGAUAUAGACCAAUGGGGAGAAAACCACAACAGCUUUGGGUACACAGGACGAUUCUAGAGAUACACGCGAUACAACAUUGUAAUUGAUGCAGUUAACCAUUCCUCCGCCACGCGAAGGUUUUCACCUGGUAUCGUGACUGGAAGGAUGACGCGAGUUUGUGUCAUUAACGUAUGACGCCGUUUAUUUUGACAGAACUGUCUGAAGGAACCAUUCAUGUCUCUCGGGGACUGCAGGUACCAUCGUUUAUCAUCAUGAUUAGUUUUACUCUAUAGGGCCUGUCACUGUAUUUAUACGUUUCCACAGUACGUGCAGGAAAAUUUUUUGAAUACUUAAACAUUAGCGCGUGUGUACGAUAAUCGGAUGGCAUCGUGGUACUUCGUAAUAAAGUCCUUUCACUAUUAAUUUCUUCCUCAUGCUUUAAUUAAAGGAUCCCAGCUUCA